AUGUUGAACCCACGCCGCGCCUUCAUUGCGGCGGCGUUCCUCUUGACCGUCUUCUUCCUCAUCUCACGAUCGCACAACUCCGAGCAGAGCCCCUCCAGCUCGACCGAAAGCAGAGAUGCCGAAGCAGAGGCACUGGCCGCCGCCAAUGCGCAGCAGCGACUGCCCCCGCCUCCUCCGCAAAAGCCCAUGAUUGACAUGUCGGGCAUGUCAACGUACGAAAAGCUUGCCUACCAGUACGAGUACGACAUCGAGUCCAAGUUCCCCGCCUACAUCUGGCAGACUUGGAAGUACACGCCGGGCGAGGGCGAGUUCCAGUUCCGCGAGCAGGAGGCGUCGUGGUCAAUUGAGCACCCGGGCUUCAUCCACGAGGUCAUUACCGACUCUGUCGCCGACACGCUGCUGCAGCUGCUGUACGGGAGCAUCCCCGAGGUGCUGGAGGCGUACCACGCCCUCCCGCUGCCCGUGCUCAAGGCCGACCUGUUCCGCUACCUGAUCCUGUACGCGCGCGGCGGCAUCUACUCGGACAUUGACACGUAUGCCAUCAAGAGCGCACUGGAAUGGAUUCCGCCGCAGAUCCCCAAGGAGACCGUGGGCCUUGUGAUUGGCAUUGAGGCUGACCCCGACCGACCCGACUGGGCUGACUGGUACAGCCGGCGCAUCCAGUUCUGCCAGUGGACGAUUCAGAGCAAGCCCGGACACCCGGUGCUGCGCGACAUCAUCAGCCGCAUCACCAACUCGACGCUGACGAUGAAGAAGGAGGGCAAGCUGUCGGCAUUCCAGGGCAACCGCGUGGUGGACCUGACGGGCCCGGCCGUGUGGACAGACACCAUCAUGGACUACUUCAACGAUGAGCGCUACUUUGAUAUGGAGAACAGCAAGGGCAAGAUUGACUACCGCAACUUUACGGGCAUGGAGACGAGCAAGCGCGUGGGAGACGUGGUUGUGCUGCCCAUUACGAGCUUCUCACCGGGUGUUGGCCAGAUGGGCGCUAAGGACUAUGAUGAUCCGAUGGCAUUUGUCAAGCACGACUUUGAGGGAACGUGGAAGCCCGAAAGCGAACGACAUAUCGGCGAGGUCCAGCAGGAGCUUGGCGAAGGAGAGGAGGCUCCGAAAGAGCAGUAA